AUGGAGGAAACGAAAAAGAAGUGGAGAUAUGCGGUUGCCAGUGAGCCCCCAGGGUCUUCUGAACCCGAUCCCCAGACCGUGAACAGGCGCGGCUGCCUACUUCUUGAUAAGCGAACUAGAGCUAAGGAUGAACGAAAGGAAGACCUCCAGUUUACGCCUAUCAAUCGAACGAUGGCCAGUGGAACACAUGAAAAGUAA